AUGGGCAAGUCAUGGGCUAAAGGGUAUAUUCCAGCAGAAUCUCAGAACAAAGCCCUUCAAUUCAAUGUAGACUUGAAGAAAAUGAUGACUUCAGCCGAGCCCACGCCGUGGCUUUCCGCCGGCGGACGCCCUCCCUUCCGGCCACUACGCGCGGCGGCGGCGCCGCUGUCGUCGUGGGGCGGCGGUGACGGCAGCGGCAGCGGCGACAUCAGGGGCGCGGCAUCAGACUCCGAUUCCUUGAAGGAGUCGGUGCGGACCUUGACGCAGGAGCAGCGGUUGAGGGACACGAAGAAGGCGUUCUGGAUGCCCUCGCCGAUGACCUCGGCGGCGCAGCACAGCGGUCUGCCGCAGACGCCUGCUGUUGUCGCUGGGGCGCCGCCUGUUGCUGCUGCUGGGGCCUGCCGCAGACGCCCCCUCGCGCCGCCGCGGCGGAAGGCGAAAGGGACGCACCGCGGCGAGGAGGUGGAGGAAGAGGAGGCGGCGGUGCUGGCAGCAGCGAGGGUUGACAUGCUCAGGGGUUGGGGCUCGGGCUCGGGCCUUGCCGCCUCGAGCUGCUUCCUCUCCUAG